AUGCAGGGCGACGCGCGUGUGAGCGCUGCGGACAUCAAAGUCACCGCGGACCUGGACCGCGGCUGUGUCCUCGGGCGCCCCAAAGGACCAACCUUCGUAUCCGCUCGAGACGCAGACGAGGCCGGGUCGCAGCGGCACGAUCGGCGAACACAGGCAGGGAGUCGAAAACGAUUCGCAGGAAAAGUCAACUGA